UAUAGGUCAACAGGGGAAAACAGAAGAUGGAUUUGACCUCAUGUUUGGUGUCAAUCACUUUGGUCCCUUCCUUCUCACCAACCUCCUCCUGGAUCUGCUCAAGCGAUCUGCGCCGAGUCGCAUCAUCAACUUGACCUCCCUGGCCCACAAGUUCUCGCCAGAGUUUAACUUUGUGGAAGCAGAUGAAACUGACGCGGUACGCUACCCUAAGCUAGCCAGCUACCCAAUCAGUAAGAUGGCAGUCAACCUGUUCACGCACGAGCUCAGCCGGCGGUUGGCGGACACCCAGGUGACGGUGUGCUCUAUCCAUCCGGGUAUAGUCUACACGGGGGCCAUUGAUGGUCUGUUACGCAGAGGCCGCUUGAGGAAGCUACUCAUCCCAUUGUUCAGAUUGCUCAUGCGUACGCCCGACGCCGGAGCCCAAUGCGUGAUCCACUGCGCAAUCAACGAUUCGGUCAAGGAACACACGGGAGCCUACUUUGUCGAUUGUCAGCCGUGCAACGAGGCUGCCAUGGCAACAGAUAAGGCACUGGCAAAACAGCUGUGGGAAGUCAGUUGCCAAGCAACGGGGCUCUAGAAACAAAAAUCAGCUGAAAAAGUACACUUUCUGCGAUUUUAACGAGAUGAUGGUUAAAUCCGUUUUAGAAACAAAAAUUAGCUGAAAAAGUACACUUUCUGCGAUUUUAAGGAGAUGAUGGUUAAAUCCGUAUCGGCAAAACAUUAGCAGGGUCUGUACUUGAAUACUUUUUUCUUAGGAAAAUUUACCGAGACCAUGGAUAAAGUGUCUGAGCUGGGCGUAAACUUCGUAUCUGUACAAACGACUGUCCUACAUUAUGUUCGUUGUGACAUCGUGGAACAUUAUACGCUUAUAUCAUAGAGCUAGGACCCUAUAGAGCUCUAUGCUUAUAUCAAUGAGUAAUGCCUUGUUAAAGUGUACACGAUACUAGAAUGAUUUGUAUCGGAAAUGAACACAAAAAUCCAGCGCACUUUGUGUAAAAUGAUUGAAACGCAAGCAAAAGAAAUCAUGCAAGUGCAUAAUGUGCCUUCGUAGUGUGAUCUUCACGCUACGCAGGGAUGUUAACAGCUUUCUCUUGCCACUCUGACCUAGGAAACUGGGCAGAGUUUAUAGAGUAACUACCAAACUGGGGGAAAUUAACCAAGAGGAAAGUAUUUUCCAGUUCUGCGCUUGUCUUACCUGUAGAACCACUACAUAUGCAUUAUUCCCUAGAGGGCUCUAGCCAUUCGUUAAGGUUUCCUCAUCAACAAGUCAAAAUCCCAUCUCAACGGUCCACUUAUCUCAGCACCGUCCUCGAUCUACAACGGGGCAUGACUUACCCGACGCAGGAGCGAAUCGCCAAUGUUUGUCAAUGUGCCAACAGCACCAACCCUGACAUGGUUGUGAUUUCGUGGCCUACUUGUGAGCUUUGAGGACUUACUUCCGCUGUGCCGCCUAUAUAUGCGACCCCUUCAAUUCUAUCUUCUGUCCCAUCCUGUUUCCCAUGUGGUACCGCAUAUCUGUUCACAGCAUAUCUGGUCGUAUCUCCGGUGGUGGAUCCAACCAGACAAUAUCCAUUGGGCCUUUUUUCCAGCCCUCCAGUCCACCUGAUCACGACAGAUGCGUCUCUGCUGGGUUGGGGCGCGGUGAUGGAAUCUUACCUGU